AUGGAAGGGGCGCGGAGAAGGAGCGUUGACCUCAACAAGUACUCGAUCUCGGACAUGGCUGAGGCCAGCGCCUACAGCAAGAAGAUGCAGGGCAGCACCGACGUAAUAUUCCAGCAGCAGCAGCAUCAUCAGCUGUACCCGCCCUGGCUGCAACGCACGCGCGACGCGAUCCAGCUGCUGCUGAUGAUCUGCAUCCUGGGCGCCCUCGUGCACGUGGCGAUCAACACGCGGCCCGCGAUCAACGCGACCAACGGCUCCCCUGGGGCCUCCAAGAUGAUCGGCGGUGACGGCGUGGCCGGCGACGUUAAGAAGGCGAACGCGAUCCGCAGCAUCGUGAGCGACCCCUCGGCGCGGUGGCCCGCGUCCCCCGACGGCCUGGUUCGCAUCCCCUACGCCUUCUCCUCGUACUACAGCCCGGAGAAUCUGGCCGUCUUUGCGCAGGCGUUCCAGGAUUUUCAGACGAAGACGUGCCUCCGUUUCUUCCCACGCACGUCGGAGGCGAGCUACAUCAACUUCUACAACGGCGGCAUGUGCUCUGGGACCAUCGGCUACCAGCAGCGCACGUCGACGGCGGUGUCGAUCAUGCCGGGCGCGUGCACCUACAAGGGCGUCAUCAUCCACGAGACGAUGCACGCGCUCGGCUUCGUGCACGAGCAGUCGCGCACCGACCGCGACGCGCACGUGCGCAUCCUCUUCGCAAACAUCAUAAGGGGGAAGGAGUACAACUUCCAGAUAAUGUCCACAAACGACGCUGUGGGACCCUACGACUACAGAUCCGUGAUGCACUACAGCAAAUACACGUACAGCUACAACUCGCUGCCCACCAUCGUGCCCAUCCCGGAUGACACGGUGCUGAUCGGGCAGAGGGAAGGAAUGAGCACGCUGGACGUAUUGAAGAUCAACAACGCGUACUGUGGGGGGGUCAUACCCCCGGGGGUUACCCUCACCCCACCUUCGGCAGUGACGCCGUGCAACGCCACGUUCAGCAGCGUCCAGGGCAACUUCAUGAGCCCCGGCUACCCGACCGCCUACGUCAAUCGGCUGGACUGCUUCUACAACUUCUCGGCACCGGUGGGACUGCGCAUCGAAGUGACCUUCAGCAUCUUCAUGCUGGAGUUCGGCACCGCGCUCUGCCCCUACGACUUCGUCGCCGCAUACAAUGGCCCCGGGACCAGCUCGCCGCAGAUCGGCAAGUACUGCGGCUCUAAGCAAUCGUUCACCGUCAAGUCGAGCGGCAACUACAUGGUCAUACAACUCCACACCGACGGCACCCAAGUCUACCCCGGCUUCAUGGCGAGCUACAGUAGAACCCUCAGUUAA